AUGCGAACUCGAUCGAGUCGAACAACAGAAGACUUGGUCGAGCUAGAUUUCACCUCAACAACAGCAAGCUCGAUCGAGUCAAGCUCCACAACAUGGAAGUUGGCUGAAAUCAACUCCAAGAUUGAGAAUCUCAACACAAGAGUGUACUCUCUGGAGAAUCAUGCUUCUUCUGUUGCUGCUGCUACAAAGCAAGGACAACUACCUGGUAAAGCUGUUCAGAACCCCAAGGAACAGUGCAAGGUCAUCUUCACUCAAGAAGGUCUUGAAGAAGAGGAUCAAGAGAGAGUCAUGGAAGAGUUUUGUUUGCUGCUGAAUGAUGACGAGAUUGUUGCUGCUGAGGCUCCUGGAGUCCAGAUUGAUCAACCUGAAGUGCAGCUACUAGCCAUUCACACUUCACCAGUUGAGCUCGCACAACAAGCUCGAUCGGCAGCUCGAUCGAGUCGAACUCUAGCUCGAUCGAAGGUUCUGAAGGUGUCUACUCACCAAAUCAACCUGCUUACUUCACCUACUUUCUUACCAAAGGUGAAGGAUCAAGGGAAGUUCACUCUCCCUUGCACACUUGGGCAUAUUGAGCUUGACAAUGCCUUGGUGGAUUCUGGAGCAAGCAUCAACCUGAUCUCUCUCUCAAAUGGCAGAAAGCUUGGCAUUGCUGGAGCAUUGCAGCGCCCUACUACUUCAAUCAUGUUUGGAGAUGCAACUUCUAAGUCUCCUCUUGGUGUGUUCAAGAACUAUCACUUGAAAAUUGGAGAAUGCAUCAUCCAAACUGAUCUCACUGUCAUGGAGAUGGAAGAAGAGAAGGAUCUACCUCUGCUAUUGGGAACCCCAUUCCUUAGCACAGUUGGCGCUUCAAUAGACUUUCACAAGCAAGAAGUGAUUCUUCACAAGAAAGAUCCACCAGCUCAGGCCCCUUCAGCCAAGCCAUCUCAGCUCACAAUGACCUUGUUCCCCACCAAGUUUGAAAAUGGGAAGAUUGAGUACAAGAUAAGGUACAAGGGGAGAUCAAGACCAUUCUCUAGAGCCAAGGCCUUGGUCACUUCAGAGCAGUCCAGGGACCCAACCAAGCUAAAGGAGCUUCUGUCUCAAGUCCUCACUAUCACCCUUGAUGGUGGGACUAGCUCAACCAAUGCCUAA